CGUGGUGUGUAAACGAAGAGAGAGAUAAUGGCGGGACGAUUUUCAACAGCAAUUCUUCUUGUACAUGUAUGUGUUUAUAUGGUAGAGACAAAGGAAACAGAUAGACCCUUUUCUACGAUUGAUUUAAGCGGCGUUAAUUACACUUUCCAAUGUGGAGCUGUAGAAUGCGAAGGAAUAACGCAAUUUUGUACGGAUGAUAAAAUUUGUAAAUACUGUUCCGAGGUUUUAUGUCACAGUAAAAGUCCACCAGACCAAUGCCAAAUUCAGUGUAAACUAUUUGAAAGACAAAAAGGUGUUACCAAUGACUCCAGCAACAUUUCACCAAAAAAGGAAGAAGACGAAAAUAUUUGCAUAGAUUCGUCUAUUCUAAUAUUUGGAAUAGUGGUAAUCGUUAUUUCGUUCAUUUUGCUGCUGAUCGCUCUUGGUUAUUCGAUUGCGAGAUUGAAUGGUUACAAUACAACGAUUUUCAACAUCAGGAAUGAAUUCAAUCCAUGUUGCAAAUGCAGUUUUCCUCCUGGUAACAAGUAUAGCACGACGUGCACGAAUGAUAGAGAUGGAGGUACAAUGUUUGUACCAAGUGGGAAUUAGAUAACCAGCCAGCUACACGACCACAGAAGAAGGGAUUCUGAUCUUUUUUUUCUGUCGUUACAAGCACCAAAAUGGUAGUCUAAGGCAAUGAUAGAUCUUAAGGCGAAAUAGUUUGGUCUGGAAAAUAUUCCCGGAUGUGGGAUCUUAGGAAAGGAUAUUAAUCAUUUUCGAGCACCUCUUAUAAGAGAGAAAAAGGUUCCCCCUAAGGUCAAGGUCAAAUAAAUGGUUAAAAAAUUCCUAUGUACGAGGAAUUUGAAAGAAACUAAUGAAUUAAAAAUUGAGCAAUAAUCAAAUUUAGAUCAGUUCAAGGUUCAGACAAUACAGAAAACAAAAUGACUCGGACAAAUCCAUUGAAAUUGAGUUCAGAAAUGUUGGAUUGAC